GUGUCAAGCCUAGUGACCCGGAUCAUUCAUCACAUUAUUCAGCCAUCUUUAACUGUUGUCACAUCACAAUCGCAAUCGACUACCAUCAGACAAAAUGCCUCCAAAAAAGAGACGUGCGACUACGUCAACCAGAACGACAAAGCAGUCGAAAGUCAGAAAAAUGCCUGAUUCGUCGUCUCGGCCCAGUAAAAGAGCUACGAGACCGGUAAAGGAAAAACAGCCCCCCAGGCCCAUUCCUGCAGCUUGUGCAACCACGCCACCGCAGCCCCUUGACGAGAUGGAAGGCUUUGUUAUCAACCCACAGCCGGGAGCGAGUGUGGUGGGUGCAUCAGUGGUCACGUUUUCGGACUUUAGCGCCGCAGGCAGAUCCGAUGCCUACCCCGCUUCCCCCAGAAAUUUGGCAAGUUUAAGCCAGGAGGCCAACAGAUUACUCCAGGCAUCGGUAGCUCCCAAAACCAGGCAGACCUAUAAUACAGCUUACGAAAUCUUCAAUCAGUUCAGGUAUCACCUUCAACUACCAGUAACUUGGCCAGCCCCUUUAGAACAUAUUGUGCAAUUCUUGGCAUACUUGUCUCUCAAAGGCCGAUCCCCAUCUAGUUUGAGAACUUACAUAUCAGGCUUAUCACACAUUUUUAAAAUCCAGGGCAUGGCGGACAAUACUAAAUCUUUUAUGGUCGCUAAGAUUUUGGAAGGAGCAAACCGACUGGCAGGGAAGCGGGAUAUUCGAGCUCCAAUCACGUACAAAAUUCUCCUUAAGAUCAUCACGGCACUAGUCAACGUCUGUUCAUCUAGUUAUGAAACGCUCCUAUUUCAGGCGGCCUUUAGUCUAGCAUUUUUUGGAUUCAUGCGAGUAGGUGAAUUAACCAUGCAAUCGCUUAAGAGUACUAGCCCAAGUCCUUUGCAGCGUAUGGAUAUCGAAUUAGUCACACUAAAUGGCCAGCCCAAAGUUAAGCUCACAAUCCGGCAAUCCAAAACCGACCAGCUGGGCAAAUCAUGUACUUUAUUUCUCUCAAAGACAGGUGAUGUGGCUUGCCCGGUGGCGGCUAUUAGCAAAUACUUAGCAAUAAGGAACCCCGCAUUACCACUAAAUAGUCCAUUCCUAAUACAUUUUGACGGUAAUCCCCUCACGCGUUAUCAGUUUGCUGCAUUGGUGGCUGAAGCGCUGAGUUUUUGUGAAAUUAGCACUGCAUGUUUCAAAUCACAUUCUUUUCGAAUUGGGGCUGCCACUGAGGCUGCCAUGAGGGGCAUUUCAGAUCAGACAAUCAAACAUUGGGGUAGGUGGAAAUCCAGUGCUUAUGCCACUUACAUUAGAUUUCCCGAACAUUAACUGCUGAUUUUUCACUGGUUCACUCACAGUACUAACGUACCUCAAGUUUUCUAGGUGUAAAGAAAACCAUAUGGGUGAUUGGCUCUUCCAUUGUGUACUGGGCUGCACGCAGUGCCUUUAAACGUCCUGGAGGAAAACACUUGAACCUGCAACUCAACAACCUGUCCAUAGAAUGGUUCGGCACCAGGGGAAUGAAAUGGCAAGACUUCGACCCCUUGUUCGAAAGUAAACUAAAAACCAACCCCCCUCCUGAUUACUUAAUUGUUCACCUCGGUUCCAAUGACCUUGGGUUGGCCACUUCAUUAGAGCUAUUCCACUCCAUCAAAUGCUCAUUCUUGCGAUGCAAACUUUUAGCCCCCAACUUGUCUAUUAUAUGGUCAGAUAUGUUACCACGUCUUUAUUGGCACAAUGCCAGUGACGCAUCUAAAGUCGAGGCAGCUCGGAAGAAUAUCAAUCGUAAGGUUAAACAGUUUAUCAAACAAGAGGGAGGGUUUGUGAUUCGUUACCCUUCCAUUACAUUUGCGGACAAGCAGCUCUUCAGGUUCGACGGAACUCAUCUUAAUGAUUUGGGUAACUCUGCAUUCCUCAAUACCUUACAAGGGGGACUGGAAACCUUCCUGUUGUCCAAACACCACAUUAAAGUUUACCCUGAUGAUCUCGAAAUCCCAAAGUAAGUUAAACACCCCCCCCCUCCCCAUCCUCAUGUGAGCCCGUCAAUCUCUUAGGCAGCUUAAUUUUUAUACUUCUUCUAGAUAUCCUAAUUUCACAUAACGCUCUGUGGCAGGUGUGCUCGUAUAGACAAGCCCAUUUGGCGGAAUUCGGGGAUUACCACAAAUGAAAAUUUCUCUCAUGUCUGGCUCAAAACUCUGGAGAAUCUAUUCUCAGAACUGAGGAGGAUUUGGGGCCACCUCAGUGGUACCUGUGGGACCGGCUUGACCCUUGCUGUACCAAGGGCAAGUCUUUGGGGUUUACCCCUGGGGGUCUUAACAAUGACCAAGGUGUGUACCAGGGGAGACAGGAUAGAGUUAGGGCCUGAGUCAGAACUGAAAUUAUCAUCGUACGUGGCAUUCACUCUUGUAAGGUGGUACCAAGAGGUCUGUUCCCACCACAGUUACCUGUGGGGGCGCUUUGCGCCAGUGUUAAAGGGAGGUAAUCCCUGGGUGCUUAGUGAUUCCCCGGGUUGACCACAGGGAUAGUAUUUUCAUGUUAAAUGGAUUGUGCCAACACCUGCCACUAAAUUGUAUAUUGUCUAAUAAAUCUGCUAAAAUGUUGACUGCAUUAUGUAUAAUAAAUCUGGGUUUAAUUCAAUUUUGUUAAUCUUGUCUGCAUCUUGGAUUAAUGCCAUUUAUCAUUAUUUAGAUAAAUGCCUUUAAUCUAUGGGCAGGCGCGACAACUCCUGCAACCUUGUUCCUGAAUUCCAAACGUUUUAGCGACCGAGCAUAAUUAUUACGUGUCAAGCCUAGUGACCCGGAUCAUUCAUCACAUUAUUCAGCCAUCUUUAACUGUUGUCACCCACCCACCCAUCCCUAAUGAUAAGAUACUGCUGCUUUUUAUGUUUACUAUUUACAGCCAUUGGUUGGACAACCCCGAUUCACAUUAGGAUUCGCGGGGCCUGGUAUAAUGACAAUUCAAGUGUGACUGGGAUAGUGGCAGACAGGAACUCUUCGCUGUGCUAGUGCUUUUUCCAGACCCAAAGGCUAGUGUUUCAGGUCUGGAAACAUGUGGUACGUACUGUGUUGCGUGUGUCUCUGAACUCCAAGACUGGGAGAUGUCCUGUGCAGUAUCGCGGGCGUGUUCCUGAUUGUGGUUGCGCGAGUCGAGUGUCGCGUCAUCAGACUCUUUUAUGAAGGCUGGGGACACUGUGUAUAAAUAUGUGUGAACUGUGUAAACAUUUUAAUUUUUACUACUAAGAAUAGUAUUGUCAUGUGCACCAGGUGAGGAGUGUUGGUUGUGUAUGAAACUGUACCGCACUGGGGGACUUGAGCUUUUGUCAUUUGUGUUUUAUGCUACGAAUUAGUGAACUCAUAUUGUCCUCGGUCAUUUUUUGAUGAUUCACCAUUGUAUAUAUUUGCCUUAAUUUUGUUUUGGGAUUUGGGUAAAUUUCGUAGGUACAAUCCGGGUAAGGGGGGCGGAAUUCGGGGAUUACCACAAAUGAAAAUUUCUCUCAUGUCUGGCUCAAAACUCUGGAGAAUCUAUUCUCAGUACUGAGGAGGAUUUGGGGCCACCUCAGUGGUACCUGUGGGACCGGCUUGACCCUUGCUGUACCAAGGGCAAGUCUUUGGGGUUUACCCCUGGGGGUCUUAACAAUGACCAAGGUGUGUACCAGGGGAGACAGGAUAGAGUUAGGGCCUGAGUCAGAACUGAAAUUAUCAUCGUACGUGGCAUUCACUCUUGUAAGGUGGUACCAAGAGGUCUGUUCCCACCACAGUUACCUGUGGGGGCGCUUUGCGCCAGUGUUAAAGGGAGGUAAUCCCUGGGUGCUUAGUGAUUCCCCGGGUUGACCGCAGGGAUAGUAUUUUCAUGUUAAAUGGAUUGUGCCAACACCUACCACUAAAUUGUAUAUUGUCUAAUAAAUCUGCUAAAAUGUUGACUGCAUUAUGUAUAAUAAAUCUGGGUUUAAUUCAA